GGGGGGGGGGGGGGUAUCGAGACGAUUAAUAUGCUAAUUUAUAACGCGAAGUGUUCCGAAUAUGAACGAGCUCCGAGUACGUAAUUUGCUCUUGGAUCGCUAUAACGCGAAAUUCUUCACCAUAGUACACAAGAUCAGUCGUCCAUUUAGUGGGACAACAUGCUAUUCUAACAAUCUCGCCUGCCAUCCUGCUGCUGGAGAUAUGCGAAGUGCCCUGAAAAUCAAAAUACACAAUGCAAUCAAUUCAGCAAUUCUUGUUGAUUCCGAGGACCGGGGGAUAUUUGUAGGGGGACGGAGAAGGAACCGGAAGAAGAAGAGAACCAAACAUGUAAAGACAGAGAAAAAGAAGCACAAGAGGUCCCAGGGUGGGAAGGAGUCCACAGACAUGAAGAACAACAGCAGCAAAGUAGUUGAACACCAACAGCUGUUAGAGGAGGACACCAAGCCCCUGAUUGAGUCGGGAUUCUGUGACAGCAUCGUCUCCUUUGGCGAUUUCAUUGACCUUGACCUUGGCCGUGACCUUGACCGCGAGGAGGACGAGGAGGAAGACAUCCCCCCUCUGGUGGACAGUGGCCUUACCCUAGCGCCUCUUGUACAGUACUCGUAUGCGGUACCAAACAUUGUUGACUACAUAGAGCAGGUCGAAACUGAUAACAUGCCGCUUUUUAAGAAAAAACCACCAGUAAGCGAAGAAAAACAACUUCAAGAAAAACCAAAUGAAAAUCAGCAACAGAAAACAACUGAUGAAAACAACCAAGGUCAAACCAAAGAACCGGAGACCCAAACUUUGAACGAAAACGAGGUCAAAGAGGAACUUAAGACGACCCAAGAAAAACCGGAAAUGACGCAGGAAGAAGUGGACAGUGGCACUAGCUCUCCAGCAGAGGAUGGCAAGGCGAUGGUAAUUAGUGAUGAAGCAAAACUCAAGACAACACAAGACAAACCUGAGGGGGACGAGAAACAAACUCUGGAAGAAGAUGGCGUCAGCAUGCAAUACCAAAACGAUAUCGAUGGCGUAGUCAUUGAAACGGAACAGAAAACAACUGCCGUUGUCACAGAGCAACCAGCUGGCCAGGUACAGCUGAACUCUAAGGAGUCAUCUCCCCUCAUUAACAAGGAGGACGAUCUGCCGUGCUUGUGUUGCACAAUCCUUUAAGAAAGACGCACUACAGAUUUUUGUUUCGUCAGAUGAUACUUUCGACAAUCAGCGCGACUGUAAAAAUAUAAAAACAAUGCAUGCUUUUGUGAACAAAUUGGAAUGCUUUUUGUAUAAUUUUGGAAUGUUUUCUAGAACAAGUAAAUACAUUUAGGUGUCAUUAUAAAGUCUUUCAUGUUGCAAGAUUUGUAGUUAAUAAAGAAAGAAUUAUUAUCAAGAUGAAAAUGAAUCGAAAACGCGAAGAGGUGUUCGAAAACAGAGCCACUGAGGACCCCCAAAGCUAGUCACGUGAUGGCUUGGGUAGUGGAAACUGGUAACCUUGCGAUAAUUAUUAUAUAUAUUUAUUAUUUUUUUAGAUUGCUUAUCUGGUGCAUUUGUAUACUGUUUACUCACUGCAGAAUACUGAAUGAAAGAAUUAUGAAAAAUUCCAUGAUAGUUAUUAUAUAUACACGUAUACAAAACAUAUUUGGCUUGGUGGUGCUUUUAAAAUUUCAUUUCAAGUUAAAAUGAAUCAAUUAGAACAUUAAACUUUGUAUGUAAAAUAUAUAUAUAUAUAUCAUACUAAUGAUAUUCACUGAUAAUUAAUGAUGAUUUUUUGAAACUGGACUAUCAUGCUGUAAAUUUGUGUGAUUCAAUGUGAUAUUGCCUGGAUAUUGUGUUGUAAGUUUCCACAUUAAAUGAGAGCUGUUUGCACUCAAAAUA